AAGGCGCGUGCUCUGAAUUGGCUUGAAGGAGAACGAAGGAGGGCCGGACCGGCGGUGCGAGGUCAUGUGAGAGUCCACGCGCUGAAAAGUAGGUUAGAGAGAGAGAGAGAGAGAGAGAGAGAGAGAGAGACACACACACACACACACACACACACACAUACACACACACCGCAGGGGGAAAGAAGCACCGAUACGAGGAAUGAAACGGAAAUGAACUCCAGCCGCUUCGAUCGCUUUCUUGUCUUCUGCGCGCGACUCUCCGGUGAACCUCAUGCGGUUUAGUUGCUUUAACGGUUUUAAUUUCAUCCCAUUCCUGCCUCCAUAUAAUGUUCAAAUGCCCUGGAGUUUACAUCAUUAUUGACAGAUAAUAUAAAAGAAAAAAGAAAAAAAAUCAGCAUGAGAGCUCAAAUCGAGGUGAUCCCCUGUAAGAUCUGCGGGGACAAAUCAUCAGGGAUCCAUUAUGGCGUGAUCACAUGUGAAGGAUGUAAGGGUUUUUUCCGCCGCAGUCAGCAGAACAACGCCACGUACUCGUGUUCCCGGCAGAGGAACUGUAUGAUCGACCGGACGAACAGGAACCGGUGUCAGCACUGCCGGUUACAGAAAUGCCUGGCGCUCGGCAUGAGCCGCGACGCGGUGAAGUUUGGCCGCAUGUCUAAAAAGCAGCGGGACAGCCUGUACGCUGAGGUACAGAAACAUCAGCAGGGUCAGGAGUGCGUCAGCGGCGUCCUGUCCUCCGGCGCCGUGGGCGUGGAGGAACCCGGAGAGAACAGCCACGACGGACACACGCGAACCUGCAGCCGCAGCUCCAGCACGGCCCUCAGCGACCUCGACGACCUCGGAGGCCUGCUGUUCGACCUGCCCCUGACCCCCGAGGACGAGUACUGCGGCCUGGAGCUGCAGGGCAACAGCAGGACGAGCGGAGAAGGGAGCAGCGGAGGUGGCGACCCGUCCUCACACGGCUCCGCGGUCUUAAAACACGAAUACCAGCUCCUUCAUACGCACUCGCCGCUCAACGAGGGGUUCUCGCUGCUCGAGACAGAACGCAUGGCUCAGAGUGUGGUGAAGUCACACGUAGAGACGAGUCAGUACAGUACAGAGGAACUGAAACGGCUUGCGUGGAACCUGUACACGGCCGAGGAAACUCGCACGUACCAGAGCAAGCCGAUGGAGGCGAUGUGGCAGCAGUGCGUGGCGCACCUCACUAACGCCAUCCAGUACGUGGUGGAGUUCGCCAAGCGCAUCUCCGGCUUCAUGGAGCUGUGUCAGAAUGACCAGAUCAUCCUGCUCAAAGCAGGAUGUCUGAGCGUGUUGCUGAUUCAGAUGUGUCGAGCCUACAACGCCACGAACCACACGCUGCUCUUCGACGGGAAGUUCGCCAGCGUCCAGCUCUUCAAAUCUCUCGGUUGUGAUGACCUGGUGAACGCCGUGUUUGAACUCGCUAAAUCGAUGAGCCGCCUGCAGCUCACGGAAGAAGAAAUGGCUCUGUUCAGCGCCGUCGUCCUGUUCUCCCCAGAUCGGCCCUGGCUUACAGACAGACAGCCAGUUCAGAGGCUGCAGGGGAAAGUUUAUCAGGCGCUGCAGCGCUGUCUGAACAGAGAGGGCGCCAACGAGCACAAACUCAACAAGAUGCUGGCUAAGCUUCCCGCGAUAAAGUCGAUCUGCAACCUCCACAUCGACAAGCUGGAGUUUUUCCGCCUGCUCCACCCAGAAACAGCCUACAGCUUCCCCCCGCUGUAUCGGGAGGUGUUCGGUAGUGAGAGCACCUCCCCCGACUCCACCAAGGGCUAGACGGCGCCAGAGUGUCACUGAAACUGGUGCUCGAGGAGAGAAAGUGAGAAGGAUGUAGGGAUGAAACGAAGGACUGGUAGACGUGAAGCGUCAUUAACAGACCAGCAGCUCACUGACAAUCCCGCACACAACACUUUUGGACUCCGAAUCCCUCGAUCCCUGUCUCUGAGCUCGUUCCUUAACACGUGAUGGACAAUACAGCCUGAAUGAAAUUACCCAAGGGGGCUUUUAAAAGAGAACAGCGGUUUGGAGGAUCGUUUUUAUUUUAAACUGACGAGGGGAAAUAAAUAAAUAAAAUCAGAUUUAAAAAGUUCAGACGGAUACCGGGAAAAAUGGCGGCUUAUUUGAGUUCGCCUACGUAUGUAGAAAUGUUCUUGACCUGUGUGAAACUAUGCAUUACUUGUAGCUACAAAUUCUGUCAAAACGAUCUGUUCGGUCGGAACAGAACAGAUCGGGCUUUCGAAAACUGGCUUAAGUUGGUGACGAGAACAGGAUGGACGUAAACGGCUACGCUACAUGGCCAACGCUUGCAUGCGGCCGUGUUAACGUUGCCGUGGUGACUGCAUACAUCAUCACGCUGGUAACUGCAAGAAAACUGUGAUAAAGCACUACCGUCGUUAAAUCGGGACGAAUUUAAUCAUACUAGGUUAAUAUUUAUUUGCGUUACGGUUACCAGCGGUUAGCUAGCUAACGGUCAGUUAUCAAACUUUUGCGUGACGCAUGUCGUAUUUUAUUUUACGAGCUGUUCGGCACCCUCGUUUAAAAAAAAUCCAGUUUAGAAACAUGGAAAAUCCAGACUGUUGUCUGCUAUCAUGACAUAAAACGCAGCAAAACAACCCUGCAGGAAAGUUUUGGCACCUUUUCUUAACUAUUCAUUCGCCCGGUCACUUUCGAUCCCUCUACAGCGUGUAGGUUAGGAUCAGAGCUCGAGUCUCUGGGAGACUCUGUGGGUCACGACCACUUUUUUCUCCCAUCCCCCCCCCCCCACCCCUUCCAAAUGAUUUUUCUGAAUGUAGUGGAAAUGUAGCACAGCCUUACGAGCAAGAGACAGAAUGUAUUAUUUUAGUUUCUUUUAGGGUUUUAUACGCAGGCAUGUGAAGGAGUCGGUUGAGGUCUUCAUUCUGACCUUUUUUUUUCCUUAUUAUUUUUUAUUUAGAAUGAAAAAAUGGUUAAUUUCUUUUUUUUUCUCCUGGAAAAGCCACUCUCGAAUGAAACGCAUAGUAUUUUGUCAUUUUGGUUUUGAUUUUCUUGUAAUAAAAAAAAGCAAAGUGCCGUAUUUUCCAGACAACGUCCUCGUUAUCGUUUUUUGCAUUAGCCCAUUUGUUAGUGGUUUUACGGUAUAGGUAUAUAUACGCUUUAGCGAACAAACAAAACUGCAUAAAGUGAAUCACAAGGAUGCCCCCCCCCCCCCCCCCCCCCCCCCGUUUAUAAAAUAUAAACGUAUGCUGCCUUUUCACUGCUUCCAACAAAGCUUUCUAGACAGGAACGUGACUGUUAUGCAUUUACUUCAUAAUCAAUCAUAUUUUUUAACAUAGACGCUAGCUAGCUCAUGUUACACAAUUAGCAAUGCGGCAAUACCGCGACUAGCUAGACACAAACAACAUUCAAGUUGUCAUCAAGAAAUCGUAUGUUCGUCAAAACUAUUUACAUGAAGAGAAUUAAACAAUUUUAUCAUUUCACGUUUUUAUUUAGGUUACAGAAUUUAAUAAGCUUGUGCCAUGUUCAUCUCUAGCUACUGAAAUUUAAACGCAAUACGAAAGUCGCUAGGAGGUGAAUUCAGACCGUCGUAUCCAGACGUCGCGUGCAGUGAAAAGGCGGAAUUACGGAUAUUAUAGGGGAAUGAGAGGAAACAAUAUGGUUACUACAAUAAUAAUAAUAAUAAUAAUAAUAAUAAUCAUAAUAAUCAUAAUAAUCAUAAUAAUGGAAGAAAAUAUAUGAACUGGACUGCUCCAGUAGGGGGCGCUGAAGUAUCAUUUUAACGUUAAAAUAAAAAUGCCUGCAACAGUAGUAUGACGUGGGUUAGGGUUAACCCUAAGACAGAAUUUUGUAGCGUGUCUUGUCUGGAAAAUACAGUGGUAUGAAGUAUUAUAAUAAUAAUAAUAAUAAUAAUAAUAUAAAUUCUGACUCAAGCUGACCAGCUGAGACACUGCUUUCUUUUUUGUUGUUUAUUUUAAAAGCAGGUAAAUAGCACUUACAGAUCUUACACCCCCACAAAUGAGCAAAGUUAGUACACCCUCUCACCCUUAGGCUAGGUGAUAUUCAAGUUCAUGCUUGCGUGCGCUUUCUCACACACACAUUCAAACACACCAGCUUUCACCGGGUCUUUCCCUCACACUGCUGUUCUCUCAGCUCAGUAGAUCCCCCCCCCCGCUACGGCUCACUAUCGUUUAACGCGCUCUGCCUCCGAGUGUGCAUUUGAAGCACAUACUGUAUGUUACAGACUACAAGUCACACUUUGGUCUGACACGACGUGAAAUGGAACUGACGCACAGGCCGAAGGGAGAUGUGCUGUAUUAGCCCGAUGAUCAGCUGCUUAUUUUUAAAUAAAAAUGGAGCCAUGUUGUAUUUCCAAACGUAUUAUUUAUUCACAACAGAAGAUGGCGCUACAGUAAGGCUAAAGAGCCAAAUUGGGCCUGCUUACUGCUCGUAGGUUAAAUGUGUUACAGAAUGUGAGUCUUUAAUUCAGGCUUAUUGCUGCCUGAAGACUUGUAUUUUAAUACAAAUAAAAAUUUAAUUAUAAGCUAACCUUUUAUGUGAGGAUGAUGAUACGGUAAAUCGGUCCGUACAGGAUUUUGUUGUUUUUUUUUGCGAUUAUUGCGGCCAGAAAUGCUUGAUUAUCGCUGCGGCUUUUUCCAAAAUUUGCGAUGAAUCUUACUGAGUUUUUUGUGCUUGUUUUGCGGAAAACUACUCGAAUUGGCGAAAUCGCAAUCGCGCAGAAUCGUUCUGCAUGGUCCUUCGCAGUGAUUGUUGGUAAACGAGACCUUUCAGCUGUACUCAUGUUCGACGCACGUGACUCGUCGAGGGCUUCGGCUGAACGCGCGUCGUGAUGCAGUCACUUCUCGCGUCUCGGCCCAAACCCGAGGAAAACCUGCAGUAAUUUUGAUCUAUUGCGAGCUCCGAAUAUUGCGGCGUUUGCUCGCGCGUUCAUUUCGGUGAUUGCAAAAUCGCAAAAUCCUGGAAGGACUAUGAGUGAUUUGGCAUUGUCAACAUUGGCCGUGUGAGAAAAUCCACGUUACUGAAAUAAACGUGAAUUUGAAGUUCAGAUUGGACUACAAAAACAUUUACACACAGUUUUAUUAAAUGAGGCCCAUUGUGUGUGGUCACUUGUUCGGUAUGUUAUAUAGCCAUAUCUUGGGCUUAUGUAACUCGUUACAUAAAUCUAGUACAGAACGUUUUUUUCCCCCUCAAUAGCGACAUGCGAAAAGACUGUUUUCAUCGUCCCGGCCGUCGACACUUGCUUCACGUGUCGUGUUUUUCCUGCACUGCUGGAAUAGCAGUCGUCUCAACCUAGAGUUACUGGUUUCUUCAUGGUUUUCUAAAGAAAAAAAAUCUGGUUAUAAAAAAACAGUUCUCUGGGUGUUUACGACAGUGUCAUAAUGGGACUGUGCAAUAGAUACGAUGUAGGUUCACUCUAGCACGCGUCAGUUAACGGAAUAAUUUGGUCUAAAGUUUAACAUACAUAUAUUGUAAGUGCUAUUGCACAGAUUCACUGUAAGGUGAAGGAAAAUGAUGGCAAAGUGUGAUUUAUAAAAUGAUGUAUUUAACGGUUUUUAGAUUGUGCACACAAACUGCUGCAUGGCUCCCGUCUUGCUAGUUCACACACACACACACACACACACACACACUCUCUCAGGGAGUUAGCUGGGCUUUCGGUCCCGUACCGUCUUCUUUGGACACAUUUAACCCUGCAGAAGUCCUCGAACCUCCAUCACUGUGUGUUAGUGACUGCUUUCCUGAAUGUUAAGAUUUCCCACAGAAGUGUCACUUUUAAAAAAAAAAAAAAAUUAAAUAGGAUCUUGUAUAGUUCUAAAAUGAUAUAUAAAAAUAUAAAGAUGUAAUUCUAGUUUUUGAAUCUUGUUUGAUUUUCUGUCUUUUUUUUCCUGCAGUGCUCCACUUUCCUCACCCUUUUAGUGUUGUCCUCGUCCAUACGAAAUGUAAUUAUGUUUUUUAAAGAAUGUUUUUAAGACAGAAAACCUGACUCGUGAUCCUUCUGUUCUCUUUAUUUCUGGAUUGUUUAUUGUUUAAAAAAAAAAAUUACAUAGACUUUUAAUAGCUAUAAUUUAUUAUAUGGAUUUUAUUAUUAUUAUUAUUAUUAUUAUUAUUAUUAUUAAGCAUUAAAAAAUACAAACAUGAUGUAGAGUUGUAUUUUGGGGAUACAAUAUGUGGAUUAAAAGUGGAAUAAAUGGGCUUUUUACAUAG